GCGUCUGGACCAACUUUUCAAGUCUAGAUCAUGACACAACAAGGAGCCGCGCUUCAAACUUAUAACAACGAACUCGUGAAGUGUAUAGAGGAGCUAGUCUCUAAGAGGGAUGAACUCAACAGGCAGAUUCAGCUGGAGGAGGAAGAGAAGGCGAGACUACAGCACGACAUCCGCGUCCUUACAGACAAACUGAGCCGUGUCAACGAGAGCCUGGCCCGCCGCCUCGCCGCUCGCGCCGACUUUGACCGCACCAUCGCCGAGACAGAGGCAGCAUACAUGAAGAUUCUAGAAAGUUCCCAGACCCUGUUAAGUGUUCUAAAGAAAGAGACAGGAAACCUAACAAAGGCCACUGAGCCCAGGGGUGGCAAAGACCACUGACCUGCACAAAACUCUCUUUUUUUCUCCUAUUUUUCUUCUUGAAACCACUGGAACAUCCCACCUGUUCUUUUAGGACACUGUAUGUAAAACAUGUAAAUGUCUAAUAUUCCUCAUGGCUUCCCAAUAUGAAUUUGUUUCCUGAUUUUU